AUGCCUGGGCUGGUUCGCAAGCUGCUCAUCUUUGCUGCCGUGGACGGGCUCGUCCUGCAGCCCGCCCCGCCGCGCAACCACCCGCCGACGACGCAGCAGGCCAUCAAGAUCGACUACAAGGGCAAUGUCGGACCGCUGCUCAAGGAUCGCCACCAGGAGGACACGGCCCCGGACACUCUCGAGGCUCACGGCAUCGUAGGUCUGCUCAAGAUCGCGACAUCGUACUUCCUCAUCUCGAUAUGCGACCGCGAGCAGGUGGCCCAGAUACGCGGCAAGCCUAUCUACAAGAUCACCGACGUUGCCCUCAUCCCACUUGCUUCGCAGGCCGACGCUGACAAGGCCAUCGUAUCUGCCCGUGAACAUGUACAACGGCAUAGGAAGGCACAGGGUCUGGGGGAGGACGACUAUGACAGCGAGAGCGACGAAGAAGACGCGCCGACCGUGACUGAUUCGCUCGAAGAGGAACCACCAGCACCACCGACCGAAGUCAAGGACCCCGUUACCGGCCAGGAGGGCCCGGCGGACAGACGCACCAGUGUGGCCGAAGAUGUAAUGCAGCGGAAGGGCGUAUAUGGCCGCUUCGCAGACAAAUGGUUCUCGAAGAAGGGAUGGAAGAGCGACAAGCGCCGUACACAGGGCUUGAGUUCCACUGAAGACUUGCGCAAGGCCAUGCCCAAGAAUGUUGAGUCGGUACCAAAGGAUCAGGAAGGUCCUGUGAACCCGUCCAACGCUGAUGCACUUCCAGUCGAGGACGAGAAUGUGCCGGAAACUGUCAACCCUGAAGAGAUACCGAAAGCACUCGGCGGCGAUAAGGAUAGAACUACCAUCGCCCUGCUGCCCAAAAUCUUGAGUACUACAAAGAUGUACUUCGCUUCUGGAAACUUUUUCUUUUCAUACGACUAUGACCUUUCGCAUGGAAUCGGACGCCAACAACCUAGCUCUAGUGUAUCACUCUCCAAGCAGUUUGAUUCUCUGUUUUUCUGGAACCAGCAUAUUAUAACGCCCUUCACGGAUGCAGGUCAACAUAAUUUCGUUCUGCCUGUCAUCCAGGGCUUUGUCGGCCAGCGCCCCUUCAGCAUCAAGAUUGUUGACACGAAGUCCAACAGUGUUGUGAUAGAUCCGGACGCCACUCCAAAUGACAUGGAGCUACAUUCGAUACACCAAAACAAGUCGACCGAGUCUGUCACUAGUACAGAUAGGAACACGAAAACGCCUCCACCAGAGCCCUCUAACGGUAAAGACUUCCUACUGACACUCAUUUCACGCCGAUCUGUCAAAAGAGCCGGCCUUCGUUACCUUCGGCGUGGCGUGGAUGACGAAGGCAGUACAGCCAACAGCGUUGAGACCGAGCAGAUCCUUUCGUCGUCCACUUGGAACACCUCCCAAGACAAGAUCUUCUCAUUCACCCAGUAUCGCGGUUCGAUCCCCCUCUUCUUUUCCCAGUCUCCGUACAGCUUGAAGCCGCAGGUAGAUACCUGGGGGUCUACAGAUACCAAUGCGAGAGCCUUCAGACGCCAUUUCGCUGAGCUGUCAGGAAGAUACGGCUCCGUAUAUGCUGCGUCUUUGGUUGACAAACACGGAAAUGAAGCAAAGAUUGGAAGCCUAUACGAUCAACACGCGAAAAUACUCAAUGAACAUGGUGGUAUGGAUGGAAAAGGGAAGAAGCUCGAUUUUGAAUGGUUUGACUUCCAUCAUGUCUGUCGUGGCAUGCGAUUUGAGAACGUCUCUCUGCUCAUGGACUCCAUCGCACCAUUUCUCAAAGCAGCCAGCUGGACCGAGAUCUCUAAUGACCAAGUCGCGCAAGCGCAGUCUGGUGUACUGCGAACAAAUUGCAUGGAUUGUCUCGAUCGUACAAAUGUUGUUCAGUCCGCCUGCGCACGAACAACACUCGAGGCUCAGUUGUCAGCCGGUGAUUACAGCAUUGAUCUCCAAAAUGACCCCAGUACAUCAUGGUUCAACACACUCUGGGCAGAUAACGGCGACGCCAUAUCGAAGCAAUACGCGGGAACUGCUGCGCUCAAGGGGGACUUCACCCGAACUAGGAAACGCCAAAUCACUGGCGCCCUGACUGAUUUCGGGCUCACAUUGACAAGGUACUACAACAACAUCGUUAACGACUACUUUGCGCAAGCAGUCAUCGACUACCUCCUCGGACGCGCGACCGAUACCAUCUUCGCCGAGUUUGAGGCAGACAUGAAGAGUGCAGACUACUUCAUCGACGUCAGAAAGGUGCGACAAGCGGCCAUCGACCGCUCAGCUGGGAUUGUUAUAGAAGAUAAGGACGAAGACCUCGUCGCUGGCUGGACAUUAAGCGUGCCGACUUCGGCCGAUCAUCUCAAGACGGCGACCUUUGAAGAGGCCGUUCUACUGCUCACCGAAAAAGCGCUGUAUUUCUGCCGGCUGGAUUGGGGCACAGAAAAGGUGCGCGAAUUUGAGCGUAUCGAGCUUGACAACGUAGAGAGCAUAUUCCGGGGUGUCUACAUUACUAGCACUUUAGCAUCACGCCAUAUGGACGAACAGAAGAACGUCGGGUUUGUGAUUCGGUAUCGGGCAGGACCAGGCGGGGAGCUCGUGCGGCGCAACACGCGCUCGCUUGAUUCUGGGAAAAGUGGUGCCCUAUCCGAAGAUCAGCCAGCGUCGAAGUCGAAGGCUCCACAGCCCACUGGCCGCUUCCUUGCGUUCAAAGCGCUCCCACCGCGAACCAGCAUGCCGGCAUCUGGGGAAGCCGCAGAAACCCCAGAGAACGAGGUGGAGGUCGUCGAGGGGAUAUGUGAGGAGAUCGUGAAGGUGGUGAAUAAGACGAGGGCAGUUGAGCAGGUAAAGCUUAGCAUUCCUGGGACGGAGCAGGAAGAGAAUAUUGGGGAAGAGGCGCAGACGAGAAGGUUAUUGGUUGAGGACAAAGAUAUCAUCAGCUUGACAGAUGCGAAGAGGAGCACUGGCUAUGUAGAAACGCUGGCAUACUCGAUGAAGAAGCUGGUUUGGGGCUGA